ACAUUUAUUAGUUCUACCUAGUGGUGCCCAUCAAAACAAAAGUGCUCAAGUUCUAAGAAAAGUUGCAACUAAUGAAGAUCGCUAUUUGUUUGCUAGUUUUACUGGCAUCGGGUCACUCCAAAGAAGACAAUGAAGAUAAUAUCAAGACUGUUUUUGAUAAUUUGCUCGAGGAAGAAGAUAUCUCCCUGAGUGAUGAGGUUUACGAAUACAGACUGGCAGCUUUUACCCUGGCCUACUGGUCCAUGGAAGAUAGAGAGAAGGCCUCAUUAGAACUAAUGUACGACGAUGAAGAAGUGCACAAACAAAACGGAGCAAAGCUGAUCAAAGACCUCCCCUUCAACGAGGAACUGCAAAAAAGAAGCGACAUUCACCUGAAGAAAAAAUCAACACCAAGGUUCUGGGACGGCAGGUAUGCUGAAGGUGCCAAAACGAGCCGUAGAAUCAUCAAUCCGGCUGUAAGUCAGGGUACCUGUGGAAACUGCUACUUGCACGUGUUUGUAGCUGCUCUGGAGUUAGCGUACGUCAAGGCUACUGGUAAGAAAGUGAAGUUUAGCGCGCAGGAGAUGACUGAUUGCUAUGAGAAUGGGUGUGAGGGUGGAGAUUACAGGAUGGUUUCAAUUUUCAUGAGUUACUUGGAUAAGUUGAGUCUUAGAGGAAACUAUGGACAAUACUUGGAUGGUCAGCAUACUUGCAGGGCAGAUAACACCCCUGACGCUCUUAAAAGUAUUAAGGUGAAAGAUUACAUCAACGUGACCCCAGACACAGUUGAAGCAGCAAUAGUGCAGUAUGGAAGUGUGAUGACGUGUAUGGCGUGGGGUGAAAAGCCUGAGGAUCCUUGUCAUAUGACAGCCUACGGAGGAGGAUGGUACAAAGGACCCACAACACCUGAAGAACAAGAGCAAGUGAAGAAUGGAUGUGUCCACGCUGUACUCAUCGUGGGAUACACUCCUUGGUACUACAUUGUAAGAAACAGUCACGGAAAAACUUGGGGGAAAAAUGGAUAUUUCACCAUUAAGCGUGGGAACACGUGCGGUAUUGAAACCAAUAUGGCAGCGCUCGUUACUGAAGUUAGGGAUGACGAGAAAACCAGUAUUAUCAAAGAAACAGGGUGUCCUGCUGAUAAACCGACUCUUUGUGAGGGUACGAACAUUUGCACUGCAGAAACCACAUGUUUGAAUACUGAGAGUGAGGAGAAUGAGGUGCUUUUGGCCAAAAAAAGAGCUGUUGAAGCCAACAGAAGAUUACGAAAAGUCAAACGAUCUAAUGAUGAAGAGAAGAUCAACAUCUCUAAACGAUGUUCCGAUAAAUUAUCCCAAUGCGCUGUGAUCGCUAGUAGAGGUCACGAUGUGUGCAGUGCUCGGUAUGCUCGAUUUUGCGAGCAGACGUGCGAUCUUUGCGCAGAGAAUGAAGCUCCUCCGGUCGAAGAAACUAAAGAAACUGUAGGGAAAUGUAUCAGACCUACUAUUGAACAUGGUACAGUAUACAACAACGAAGUUAUGAACCCUGGAGAAAAAGUUAACGUGAAAUGUGACUCAGGCUACACUUUAACAGGAGUUCAAGCUGAGUGCUUGAUUGAGGACAUAUUCACAAACGAUGUCAAAGAUGCUAGGUUGAUGCCAGAAUGUGUCAAGUUGGGAUCGAACGCAUUAGUAGGAAAUGGGGAGUCUUACAUUGGAAACAGGAAUUAUUACAGCAUACGUGGUACUGGUCAAAACUUCGAAUGUGGCAGCUGGAACCGGGAUGUGUUGCGUGGAGUCCUCACAAAUGACAAAGAUGCACUCAGGCUCAAAUUAGGCAAUCACAAUUAUUGCAGAAAUCCAGACGGAAUUGAGCCAGUUCCAUUCUGUAUAGGAGCAACCAGUGGAAUAGGAAAAAUACAAUACUGUUUCAACCACGCGGGUUGUGAUACUUGUGAUGGGGUUACAGACGAGUAUGAUGCUCAGUACUGUCAGGGCCAGGCCAAGUUAGGGUACUGUUUGUACUCAGACAAGAGCACCGCAGCUCGUGUCACAUACGUACAAGAAAAGUGUCAAGCUACCUGUUGUCAUCUUGCUGGUUGCAUCUAGGUUCACCGUGUUCACUUCAUCUUGAGAACUACUUAUAGAUGUAAUAGUGAGGAGGUGAACUGUAUUGGUGACAGUAAAUUUGGGUUUUAAUUGGACAAUGCUGGAGGCUGGCUGGUUAAUUGCUGUCGAAUGAAAGAAGAAUAUGGUUCACCUUUCCACCAGUAUUUAAUUUUAUACUAGACUGAGUCUAGUAGAAUUUAGGACCGAGCGAACUUAUAGGUAGAGUAUUUUGAGUAAAUUUGUGGGCUGGAUUUUCGGAGUAUUGACUACUAGUUAAAUUUUAUUGAUCGUUUUUGGCUUUUGGAGUGUUAUCAUAUUAUUUGAUAUUCGAGAGAAUGUUUGCCAGACCUGAUUGAUGAUGUAGUUAAUGACAAGUUUUGACUUUUGAGGACAGGGUUUUAACAGGUGUUACUCAGAAAUAAUUAGAAAUUAUUGUUGAUUGUGUUUAACUUAUCGCUAUGAAAAGAGCCGUUUAAAUGUUAUUCGAAGUAGCGCAAAUGUUUGUUGACUUCUUGGACCUCUAACAAUGAACACCACAUUUUAAUGUACCAACAAUUAACAAAACAUUAACUAAAGUUACAUUACAUUAACUAAAGUUACAUAUUUUUCUUGAUUAAAGUCAAUAUAAUAUGCUAAUUCAUGCUGAAUCUUAGUUCGUAUUAGAAAACCCUGAUUUCCAAAAUACGAUACGUCGAUCAUUGUAAUAAAUGAUUAAAUCUCUUACUAACUAAUUUUUCCUAAAAUUAGAUAUCAGAGAUUCAUCAGUAACAAUAAAGUAUAAAAUCAAUUAUUAAUGUAAUGUGGAGCGUUGAAGUAUUUACCAAAUCUCCAGGAAAUGGACUCAGUGUAUGACGUCCCC